AUGUUUCGCACAAAGGUCAACAAAGGUGACCCUUUUUCUGUCAUCAAGGUUCGCUUUGCCGAGAAGCCUGCCCGCCUGCCUCCCAACGCAGAUUGUGUCUGGGAUCGAUAUGGAGACUACGUCCCCUAUACAUGCGGAGCGCGGUAUCUGUUGAGCGACAAGACGAAGGAUAUUUGGAGCGAAGACCAGGUCCGCUUUGCAGAGAAGUACGACGAUAUUGAUUGGGAUGGUCUUGUACCAUAUGGACCAUUCCCAGAUGGCAAGUGGAAGAUAAGGAUCCUAGGACACAAAGCCAAGCUCGACGAUGUUGUUGCUGGAAAAUUGCACCUCAUGGAGAUUGAGCUGUCGACACCUAGGAUUGGAUCUGAGGAAGUUUACAACAAGGUUACUGCGUACCUUGAAGAACAUGGAGUCAUGCUCUGCGAUCCUCAACAGUCAAAGACGCUGCGUUUGUUCCGCGACAGAGGGCUCAUCGACGAUCAGGUGAACGAGGAACUUUGA